AUGCGGUGGAUUACCAGAAUCUGUCUUCUGAGUGGGGUGGUGCCUGCGUUGGCCGAAUUUCCAUUUAGUGAUUCGACCGUGGCCAAGAACGAUUUGGCUUCCACUAAUUGGUGCGGUUCUAUACAGGCAGCAAGUGAUGGCGAACGAUUCAAAUCGGUUUCAUCAACUAUUGUUGUUCCCACUGUCACUGGUCCCAUGAACGCGGAGUACUCCGCAUAUGCUUGGAUAGGCAUCGACGGCUGGGAUGGCCUAGACAACCUGUUCCAAGCCGGGCUGGAUAUCCAAGGGAUUGAGUCUGACGAUGGCUCCUAUUAUCCUCAGUUCCGCGGAUACUAUGAAUGGUAUCCUGAAGAUGCUCAGUUCUUUUCGACCGACGAACUUCCUCUGUCGAGCGGAGAUACCCUAUACGUCAACAUCACAGCACACUCGGCAACCACGGGUACUAUCUACCUGGAAAACGAAACCCAAGGCAAAUCUAAAUCUUUCGACUUCGAUGAACCCAGUUAUCCUUUGAGGGGAAGGUAUGCUGAAUGGAUUGUGGAGGAGUUUUCCGACGUCACACUUCCUGCUUUUGGUUCGAUCACCUUUGACUCCAAUUUGGCUAUAACUAGCCAUGGGACCUCGUUUGAUGGCUCUUCCGCAUCUCUCAUCCAAGCGGACACCGGCUUGAAAGCGUCCAGAGCCUCCGGUGGUGCUGUGUCAGUUUCUGUUGUCUGA